AUGCAAAGCAAUAUUGGAGAAAAAAAUAUUCAUCUAACACAUCAUUGCUUGAACAAACUCGACUCGAUGUUUACGUUGACCGGUAGCAGACGCGCGGAGUGGGAGCUGGAAAGGGGCGUGGCUGUACUACCCGGCCGUACUGUAUCGCCGCAGCGUGGUACAGCACUCACACGCUUCAAUCUCUCGGCAACCGUCGGCGCAGCGGAAUGUGCACGCGGUUCUCGAUUGUGUCUCAGUGCUGUGACGUGGGUAUCAAGUGUCUCCAAAGUGGAAAUUAGGUCUACUUCCAACUCUUCUGAGGGAAACAGGAUAUCUGUGCACCAAACUAGGUGUGCCUUGCCGAUGUCAAAGAUGUAA